AUGAUACGAAGGGACAAACGGGGCAACCAGCCAAUACACUACAAUAUAAGGACAAAAGGACAAGUGCAGAAACCCCUAAAAGGAAUAGAGAUGAUAAUAUCGAAGGAGCAUCAGGAAGGAGGAUGGAUAAAUAACACCCAGCUGGACCCAAAGAACAAAUCGGAGGAGGAAGACCCACUAGAUCUCUGGAACCAGAAGAAGAAGGAAGGAUUUUUAGGCAUGAACUCGCCUAAAAAUGCCAACUGGCAAUUGGAUGAUUGGAGUUCAGCCGGAGAUAACUGGGGCUAUCCCCCCCAAGAGGAGGCUACCUGUGGGGGGAACUCAAGAUCCCGAUAUUGUUAUCCCCGGUUAAUAAAGGCAACAGGAACCAAAUGGAAUGGUCUGAGUCAGUGGUUGAAAGAAGAAAUAUUAGGAGAAGUCUCCUCGAAAUGGUCAAGGGAUUUCCAGUCUAAUGUCAAAACAUGCCUGAAGGACAAUGACAAAUCUCCCUUGGAUUGGGGUCAAGUACUCGAUAAAGUGAUAAAUCAAAUCCAGGACGAUAUGGUAGCCGAUGUAUCCGAAAAUAGCCGGAAACUAUUAAGGACCCCCAUGGAAUGGUACGAAGUCUUGAACAGCAGCAGUAGUCUAAAUACGCCUUGGAACCAAAGUGAUGUUGGUCGAGGACUUCUCAUAGCAGUAGUAUGUAUCUUAACAGGCUUGACCAGUACCCGACAACACGAGAAGGAAAAAUAUCCAGGGAGGGACGAAUUAUGUGACCAAGUGGAUCGGGCUCUAAUGGUCAAUGAGGGACAAUGGAAACGGUGGUUGGGGGGUCAGGCACAGGACGCAAGAGCCGGAAGGCCUGACUGUGGACGACCCCAAGGUUCUAGAAGAUGUAUAAGUGGGAGUAUGAGUCUAGUAUUGACAAUAUAUAGAAGUUUAGCUAGUCUUUGUCCAAACUGUGGGCCCUAUAGUAUCGCUCGGUGGGUUGAUGAAAUUCAGCCCAAGGGGAUCAGCCAAGGAGAACAAUAUUGUGAAGUUAAAAAACGGGUAAUAACUUGUGAUAAAGCCCAGAACAGACCUUGGAACCCCGGUGAUUUAAGAGUGGUCCCAGAGAAGGACAGAAGAAACAUCUCAUUAGAUCCUAGAUGGGCCCAAUCCGUGGAUAACACAGGAAUAAACAACCCUCUAAGAACAGCCAAUCUCAAGUCGUCAGACCAAAUUAGGUCCUCCGUCCACGCAGAUCAAACGCCAUCCAAACAGCAGGUAGGACCUCUCACCACAGGACCAUCCCCCCCCGUGAAUAGCCCUGAUCCACAACCUCAAUUGCCCCGGAAUGACGUAACUUCCGUCAUAAACGAGAAGGCGCUGGACCCCCCUAGUAUGGGUCAGACAACAUCAUCAAUGUCAGCGUCUGUCAAUGGAAAGCAGGAGAACAGCUUAAGUCAAAAACAACCAGGAGCAGGCAGCGGCGGCACAGGAGGCCAGACUAGUACUCUGCGGUCAAAUUUGGCAAAACCGGAUAGGAAACGGGAUGGAUCGGACAUUCUACCCGAAACCAACAAGGAGCAGAACAGUCUGACUACCCCUCUGGUGGGCCUAGUGGGUGGGGUGUUAGCAGUUAUUUUACUGGGGGUGGCAAGCGCCUAUGGAAUCUUUCGGAUUUGCAGGAGGAAGGUGGGCAGUAAAUCAAAGGGGGAUAGGAUCAAUAUAUCAGUCCUUCCUGUUCCAACAUAA